AUGACCAGACUGAGCUCCUAUCUGAGGAAACUGCCUCUAGAGCUGGAGGGGGCUGGAGACGACGACAUCGACAGGCUUCUGAUGGACUUGGAGUGUCUGUCGCAGAGCAUGGGUCGGGAGAGAGACCGAGCAGAGGGCAGCGUGGAGGGGCUAGGAGAUGAGGAGGACAGGGCCCUGCUGCUGAGGAUCCUGGAGAGCAUUGAGAGCUUUGCCCAGGAGCUGGUGGACUCUGGGGGUAGUCCUGGGAACACUGGGAAGACUGGGGCUCAGAGCAAAGAGAAGGAGGUGAUGAGACUCCUACAGGACACUCUGGCUACUGCAGCCAAGACUGACACUCUGACGCAGGCCAAACUACCUGGAUCUCCACCCGCUGGAUGGACCUGUAUCCACGCCUGCACCCAGACUUACAUCUGGUGCUGUAUCCACGCCUGCACCCAGACUUACAUCUGGUGCUGUAUCCACGCCUGCACCCAGACUUACAUCUGGUGCUGUAUCCACGCCUGCACCCAGACUUACAUCUGGUGCUGUAUCCACGCCUGCACCCAGACUUACAUCUGGUGCUGUAUCCACGCCUGCACCCAGACCUACAUCUGGUGCUGUAUCCACGCCUGCACCCAGACCUACAUCUGGUGCUGUAUCCACGCCUGCACCCAGACUUACAUCUGGUGCUGUAUCCACGCCUGCACCCAGACCUACAUCUGGUGCUGUAUCCACGCCUGCACCCAGACUUACAUCUGGUGCUGUAUCCACGCCUGCACCCAGACAUACAUCUGGUGCUGUAUCCACGCCUGCACCCAGACUUACAGCUGGAGCUGUUCCACGCCUGCACCCAGACUCUACAUCUGUGCUCUUCAGCCUGCACCCAGACACAUCUGGUCCCUGUUCCUGCACCCAGUACAGCUGGAGCUGUCCCUGUCCCCACCCUCUUCAGCUCCCACACCUGUCCCUGUUCCUGUCCCUGUCCCUGUCCCCACAACCCUAGCAGAGUCUUCCCUACCCACACCUGUUCCACUACCUACAGUCGUACCCACACCUGUUCCACCACCUACAGUCGUACCCACACCUGUUCCACCACCUACAGUCGUACCCACACCUGUUCCACCACCUACAGUCGUACCCACACCUGUUCCACCACCUACAGUCGUAUCCACACCUUCAGAAGCAGCUGCUAGACGUAAACAUCCACCUGUAGCUGACCUGACAGCUGUACUUACCACCACGGCCACCCCUCCACCGGCUGUAACACCUGUCCCCUCCCCUGUCCCGCCCCCUACACCCUCCCCUGUCCCGCCCCCUACACACACACCUGGAGAGGCACCUGUUGCAACCAUCGCUGCUCCUCCUGUUGCCGUGAGACACCCGAUUGCCCCUAGCGAUGUGGUUGCCCUGAGAGACAUCGGCUCAACGCUGCUCAUCCAGCAGACGCCCGAGGUGAUCAGAGUCCAGUCCAACAAGCAAGAUAAGAAAUCUGGCACCCCUCCUCCAGCCCCUUCUCCCCCACCCCCUACGUUUCCCCCCCCACCGCUCCCCCCUCCUCCCCCCCCCCACUCCAGUCGUCCUCCCCCUCCUCCUCCACCUCCCCCACCUCCCCCUGCCCUCAACAUUCCCCGCUUCUACUACCCUCGAGGGUUACCGGGGGCAACAAAAGUUAACCACGAUGCGGCCAUCACUGCCAUAGAAACAGCCUUCACAGAGUUUGAGGAGGAGAAGGCUGAUAUUUACGAGAUGGGCAAGAUCGCUAAGGCAUGUGGCUGUCCUCUGUACUGGAAGGCAGCCAUGUUUAACGGAGCGGGAGGAGAGAGGACCGGCUUCGUCUCUGUUCACUCCUUCAUCGCUACCUGGAGAAAGUUGUUACAUAGUUGCUAUGACGAUUCGUCUAAGUUUAUCUACCUCCUGGCGAAGCCUGGCUGUUCCUACCUGGACCAGGAGGACUUCAUACCUUUAUUACAGGACAUAGUGGACACCCACCCGGGACUGACGUUCUUGAAGGAUGCCCCAGAAUUCCAUUCCCGUUACAUCACCACCGUGAUUCAGCGGAUAUUCUAUGUGGUCAACCGCUCGUGGACGGGUCGCAUCACCAUGACGGAACUACGCAGGAGCAACUUCCUGCAGACCCUGGCCCUGUUGGAAGAGGAGGAUGAUAUCAACCAGAUAACAGAUUAUUUCUCUUAUGAGCAUUUCUAUGUGAUCUACUGUAAGUUCUGGGAGUUGGACACGGACCACGACCUUUACAUUGACCCUAAGGACCUGGCUCGUUACAACGACCACGCAUCCUCAAGCAGAAUCAUUGAGAGGUUGUUCUACACGGUAACUCUCAGGGGUAGCUCAGUGCAGAGAGAAGGGAGGAUGAGUUAUGCAGAGUUCAGCUGGUUCCUCAUCUCAGAGGAAGACAAGAAAAGCCCUACCAGUAUAGAGUACUGGUUCAGGUGUAUGGACACAGAUGGGGACGGUGUGUUGUCUAUGUUUGAGUUGGAGUACUUCUAUGAGGAGCAGUGUAGUAGGAUGGAGGGGAUGGGCAUUGAACCCCUACCCUUCACAGACCUGCUCUGUCAGAUGCUAGACCUUGUCAAACCUGAAAGCCAAGGUAAGAUAACCCUGUCUGAUCUGAAGAGGUGUAGGAUGGCUCAUAUAUUCUUCGACACGUUCUUCAACCUGGAGAAAUACCUGGACCACGAGCAGAGAGACCCCUUCGCUUUGCAGAAGGACAUAGACAACGAGUGUCCAGAGCCUUCAGACUGGGAUAAAUACGCUUCAGAGGAAUAUGAGAUCCUGGUGGCGGAGGAGACGGCUAACGAACAGCUGCAUGAGGGGACGUUUGAUGAUGACUAUGAGGAGGCGGAGCUUCCUGUUCAAGGAGAGAUGGUUGGGAAUAAGAUGGAUAAGCUGCUCAUAUCAGAUCUGUCAGCAUGAAAUUCCCAAAGCCUGGAAUACCGCUCCCUUCUCCUUGGAUAUACAGGAGACGGGGGAGAGAGGAAGAGGGAUGGACGGGGAGAAAUUGGUAAAAAGCUAAAGCAAUGGAGGACUCUCUCAGCUUCUCCUUUCAUACACAGACAGGGACAGAAGAGAUGGUGAGAAGACAGUGGGACGGACAGAACGAGAGAGAGGAUGGACAGAACGAGAGAGAGGAUGGACAGAACGAGAGAGAUGAUGGACAGAACGAGAGAGAGGA